GCCGCGGCGGGGGCGUGGCCGCGGAUCGGUUCCUGCCCCGCGCGCGGGCGGCGGGUGUCGCCGGUCGCGACAGAGUUUUAGCUGAAGAAACAAACUGGUCUACAUGUGCUUCACUGUCCAUUGGAAGAAUGACAGAUGACAAAGAUGUGCUUCGAGAUGUGUGGUUUGGGCGAAUACCGACCUGUUUCACUUUGUAUCAGGAUGAGAUAACUGAGAGGGAAGCUGAACCUUACUAUUUGCUUUUGCCAAGGAUAAGCUACUUGACACUGGUAACAGACAAAGUGAAGAAACACUUUCAGAAAGUUAUGAGACAAGAGGAAGUUAGUGAAAUAUGGUUUGAAUAUGAAGGUACACCACUGAAAUGGCAUUACCCAAUUGGUUUGCUGUUUGACCUCCAUGCAUCAAAUACAGCCCUUCCUUGGAGCAUCACAGUGCAUUUCAAGAAUUUUCCAGAAAAGGAUCUUCUGCACUGCCAUUCUAAGGAUGUGAUUGAAGCUCAUUUUAUGGCUUGUAUAAAAGAAGCAGAUGCUUUAAAGCACAAAAGUCAAGUCAUCAAUGAGAUGCAAAAAAAGGAUCAUAAGCAACUGUGGAUGGGGUUACAGAAUGAUAAAUUUGAGCAGUUUUGGGCAAUAAAUCGAAAACUCAUGGAGUAUCCUCCAGAAGAUAAUGGAUUUCGAUACAUCCCAUUUAGAAUUUAUCAGGCAACAACAGAGAGACCUUUUAUACAGAAGCUGUUUCGACCAAUUGCUUCAGGAGGGCAGUUGCAUACUUUGGGAGACCUGCUAAAAGAUGUGUGUCCUAGUGCUAUCGCCCCUGAAGAUGGUGAGCAGAAGACUCAAGUGAUGAUUCAUGGAAUUGAGCCAAUGCUGGAAACACCCAUUCAGUGGCUAAGCGAACAUAUGAGCUAUCCAGAUAAUUUUCUCCACAUUAGUAUCAUUCCCCGACCUACUGAUUGAAACUCAACUAUAUUCAUAUGAGGAUCCUUCUCAAGCUGGAAUUAUAAGGGCACGUCAACUUCUUGCUUCUGUCAGUCUUGACAGAGGCAGCCUGACCAGAAAAAAAGAAACCAACAAAAAGCCGAAACAAAACAAGAAGCCCUCACUGCUGUAAGCCAAACAGGAAGAGAGAUCCUAUCAUCAGAUAAGGGCAAUUGGGCUGAUCUUAUUUUGCAUCACUGCUGCGUUUGUUCACCGCUAUAAUUAAAUCAGUUGCGAUAUGAAAGAAUUUACAGGACUUCUGCAAGUCUGCUGUUUUCUUGUAAAAUAUAGUGAAGCUGAAAACUGUCAGCCGAAGAGCAAAUGGAAAUAUGUCACUUGAUUGUAUUUCUGAUUAACAAAUAAACAGGGCUGUUUCCUAAA